UUUAUCUAUAAAAUCAGGAAGUUUUGACUGCGUAUAGGAAGGAUGUUUGUUUGCAGUGCUGUCAAUUUCACAAGGUUCCUUCACAAGGUCUCAGCUUCAGGCCAUUCUUCCACAGACCAAAAGCCUCAGCUGCAGUUUCUGUUGUGGCUAUCACUAAAGACUGUCUCUCCAACAGCGGCAAAGUAAAAAGAGGAAGAAGAGAUUUCUACAUCUUAGACUCGAGGGUGUGUUCGACACUUGAGUUUUCUGAAAUAGUAGCCUGUGGCACAUCAGCUGACCCAGUUCCAUAAUGGACAACUCGUCCCUGCACUGCCCGUCGGUCCACAACCUGACAGUUGAAGUGCUGCCCCCUGUCCUCAUUCUGGAGUUUAUACUGGGGCUGCCUGGUAAUCUGGUGGCCCUGUGGAUCUUCAGCUGCCGAAUGCAGAGGUGCACGUCCAACACCAUGUACCUGCUGAACCUGCUGAUUGCGGACUUCCUCCUGCUGGUCAGCUUACCCUUCCGCAUCGACAGCCUGAUGCGCGGUGAGAACUGGGUGUUCGGUGACGCCUGGUGCCGCAUAAACCUUUUCAUGCUGGCGGUCAACCGUUCGGCCAGCAUCGGAUUCAUGACCAUCGUGGCUGUCGACCGUUACUUCAAGGUGGUCCACCCGCACCACCGGGUGAAUCGGAUCACAACAGUGCAGGCGGGAAUUCUCUGUGGCAUGACGUGGGCGGUGGUGUUGGCUUUGCGGCUCCCCCUGCUGGCCGAACCCCUGUUGCAGCUAUCACGGGACAACGUCUCCCUGUGUCGCAGCUUCAACUCGUACAGCGAUCCACCUCCAAUCAUCAAGCUGCACAACGCAGUCUACGUACUAGAGUUCUUCCUGCCGUUCCUGCUCCUGAUCUUCUGCUCCGUGCGGAUCAUUUACAUCCUGCGUCAUCGCCAGCUGGACAAGAAGCAGCAGGUGAAGCGGGCCAUCCAGGUGGUGCUGCUCAUCGUGGCCGUCUUCACCAUCUGCUUCCUGCCGGGAAUCGCCACUGGCAUCACCGCCCUUUUCAUCAAGAAACUUCGCCCUCAUGACUGUGCCUCCUACCAGAUGGCUUCCCAGCUCUUCAGCUUUUCGAUAGGGUUCACCUACCUGAACAGCACCCUGGACCCGAUCAUCUACUGCUUAUCUAGCAGCACGUUUCGGAACACUCUCAAGAGGUCCUUCAAUGCAAUGGGCAUCUUCCACAUGCAGCUGAGUCGAAGGGGUAGUGAGGUCAGUGACCAGUGAAAGGAGACCAGGGCGCGGAACGUCACCUUCUAUUAACUUUACAUCCUCAUGCUGAACAAAUCUGCUAUAAAUAUACUGUACUUUUUCCCACUUUCAUAUGCAAUAGUGUUUUCAUAAUGGUAAUCUCUUUCAUUCAGGAAGUGUGCAGUAUGUCAAAGGUCAAAGUUCAACAGUAGUUUGGGAGAAGAAAUCCUGAGAGCAUAUGUCUGUUUCUCCUUUUAAAAAUCAGGCAUGAACUGUGAUUCUUUUGUUGAGCUGUUAAAUUUGUAAAUUAGAUAUCACAGCAUGUUUUUAAGGAAUAGAUAUAGGUCAUUGUUUCUAUUGGCCAUGUGACAAAUUAGGCAAUCAAUGAAUUAACUGUACUGAUGUAUGUAUGUAUGUACAUGUACCAAUAAAUGACAUGUGGUUCAUA